AUGGCGAAGCUCAAGCUCUCAGAGAGUCAAGACCUGACCCAAAUAAAGCGCAUAGGUGCACACUCCCACAUCCACGGCCUCGGCCUCGAUUCUGCCCUAGAAGCCCACGAUAUCUCACAAGGCAUGGUAGGCCAGACUUUCGCUCAAAAGGCCACCCGCGUCAUUCUCCAGUUGAUCAAUGAAGGAAAAAUCACGGGUCGGGCUGUUCUUCUAGCGAGUCAGCUCGAAACCGGCAAGACUGCCAUUGCCAUAGGCAAGGCGAAGUCGCUCGGCCUCGAAACCCCGUUCGUGAUGUUGGUCAGAAGCGAGCUCUUUUCUCUGAAGAUGUCAAAGAUCGAAGCCCUAAUGCAAGCUUUUAGGAAAGCCAUUGGGGUUAGAAUCAAGGAAAAGACUGAGAUCAUCGAGGGCGAGGUUGUGGAGGUUCAAAUUGACUGGCCUGCGGUGGCCGGAGUAGCUUCAAAGACAGGGAAAUUGACGCUAAAGACGACAGAGAUGGAGACCAUGUACAAUUAA